GCGCAUUUUUGCCGGCCGGUUAGUUGAAAUCAAAACAUACCACCCACCGACCCAACAACAUAAAGUCUGUUGUUAUCCGAAGUUCCAUUGUAGAGCUUACUGAUUGUAAUAAAUUUGUUUGAAUAGAUAACGGUCACCAUUUAGUUAAAACAAACUUUUGCUCGAGCCAAAAAUGAAUAAUGUAAUUACCUAGCUGCUGAAAAUAGUGCAUUCAUACUUAAUUGAUCGCUGAAAUGGAGGGAAAGAUUCCGGUCACAUUUCAACACAAUCGUGGGUUUAUCUACGAUGUAGAAGAUUAUAUGAAACUCCGGUUUACGCAUCGCAUCGUUGGGAAUUUGUUCGGAACACCCGUUUCGAAACCGCGAAGCGCCAGUAGCUUUGGUCUUCCGGCAGUUCUGACUCCGCUAGAAGUUCGAUUAGCCCUCGAGGAGGGGCUUAUUGUGCUGAUCGACAAGAAUGCACAGCUGACUCGAAGUCCCAGCGAGGAGGCCAAACAGCAGUUUGCCCGUUUGAGCCAGCAGCAAAUCCACGAACAGAAGCAACCCGUCAUCGAGAAGAGGCUGAAGGAGUUUGAGUACCAUUUGCCGAAGAUCCUCGCGGGAAAGCGUAAAAAGUUGCUCAAAAGUGGAGUUAAAGAGGAAGACAUAACAAUCAAUGAGGAGCAACUCAUAAAGGAAGAAAAACACAAACUGGAAACGAUGGAAAUCGACAAAUUAGUUCAAAUCCCGCAAGAAUACCCCCUCAAAACUGAAUGUACUUACGUCAACUAUCAGCUGCCCAAGAACGAGCUUCUCAAAUACAAAGUAUUCAGGGAUAUCUGGAAAACUCGCCCGGUGUUCAUAACCGGAGGUGACUCGUUUGGCUGUGAUUUCCUCCUCUAUCCAGGAGAUCCGCUCUACUACCAUGCUUCCCACGUAGUUCACGUCCUGACCGAUGCUUCUCAACGUCUUGAUGCCAAAUACCUUAUCCGAUGCUGCCGACUAUCUGUGGUGGUGAAUAAAGUUUGCAUUUUUGCAUAUGAAGAGCCAAGUGGGGGCGUCAGGUAUCAAACCAUGGAGUGGGAAGGUAAUGUUGCAGAAGAUGUUUAAACAUGUGAUAAAUGUUGGCAAUAUUUCUUUCGAAUGAA